AUGCAAUUGAUUCGCCUACUUACAUUGGCCGCCGUUAGUGGCCCUCUCAUGGUUGCUGCCCACCCAGGACACCACGAGGAAGAUGCCACCCCCGAGCUGAAGGCAUACAAGUCCAAUGUCCGUCGCUCCGCCGAGGGAUGUGCUUUGCACUGGGAGAACACUGGAGCUCAGCAACGCAACAUUGCUCGCCGCCAGGCAACCCUCGAUAUGCACCGUCGCCGCCUGAGUAAGAAGGACACCAACAAGGUGCUCAAUACUUCCCACUACGAGGAAAAAAUCAGCCUCAACUCUCCUUUUGAGGAUAUCUGGUCUGCUACCAGCAUCCCUCUCAACCCUGAGGGUGAGAGUGGACCUUACUGGGUUGUUGGAGAGCGUCUUCGCUCAAACAUCCUGGAGAGCCAACCCGGUAUCCCCGUGAUUAUUGAGGAGCAGUACAUCGAUGUUGAGACCUGCGAGCCCAUCACCGACAUGUUCGCCGAGAUCUGGGGCUGCAAUGCUACCGGCGUCUACUCUGGCCUUGUCGCCUCGGGCAAUGGUAACCCCUCCGACCUUUCCAAUCACGACACCACUUUCCUUCGUGGUGUUCAGCGCACUGACGAGGAUGGUGUCGUCACCUUCCUGACCCUCUUCCCUGGUCACUACGACGGCCGCACUACUCACCAUCACGUCGUUGCUCACGUCAACACCACUCUCCUGCCCAACAACACGCUUGCUGGAGGCUACACCCCCCACAUUGGACAGUUCUUCUACGACCAGGAUCUCAUUGAGAAGGUCGAGUCCACCUACCCCUACAACACCAACAAGAUUCCCCAGACCUACAACAAGGUCGACCGUGUUUUCCAGCAGGAGACCGAUGGAUCGACCACUUCCGACCCAGUCCUGAGCUACGCCUACCUCGGUGACAAUAUUGAGGAUGGUAUCUUCGCUUGGGUCCAGGUCGCCAUCAACACCUCCGCCCACCACUACCCUUACUACACCAAUGUUCUCACCUCCACCGGUGGUGUCAAUAUCACUGGUACUGAGUGCGGUGACUACACUGAGAUCGACGGUGGCAAGUGUUAG